AGCUCUAGUCGGCGAGGGCAGCCGGCUGAGGGUUCGCUGUGAUCUUCCCGAGCCAGCGGCAGAAGGAGGGGAAGGAGCGGCGUUUUGCAGCCAGCGAGGGCAGGGGAGCUGUCCUCUAGGCUCCUGGGGCUUGUUGUUGUUAUCAUUUCACGGCUUGUUUUUCGGGCUGAGAAACCAUGCGGGAUUCCUGGAAGAGGCUGCCGUAGCCCCAGCUGGAGGGAGCAUCGGAUCCGUAGCCCAGCCUAGGAGCCCAGAGGGAUGUGGAAACACAGACUGGCUGGACUCUGUGCGUGACCCAGAUUCCCGCAGACGCCGGCAUGGAAAAGUUACAGAAGCAAUCUUUGACCUCACCCGGGAGCGUCUGUUCCUCCCGCGGGUCCAGCGUCCCAGGGUCGCCCUCCAGCAUCGUGGCCAGAAUGGACAACGAGGUGCUGGGCUACAAGGACCUGGCGGCACUUCCCAAGGACAAGGCGAUCCUGGACAUCGAGCGCCCGGACCUAAUGAUCUACGAGCCCCAUUUCACCUACUCCCUCAUGGAGCACGUGGAGCUGCCGGGGAGGGGAGAGCGAUCCCUGUCCCCCAAGUCCAUCUCCCCUCCUCCUUCUCCAGAAGUCAUCCGGGACUGGACGGAGAACAAGGCCCUCGGAAGUGCCUCUCAGGCAGCGAGUCGCCGGACCAGCAGCACAGCCCGGAGCGGAGUGCACCACUUCCACCGACCUGAGACCAACACCAUGGAGCUGAACAUAUACAAGAAGCCGCCGAUCUACAAGCAGAGAGAGCCCGCGGCCGGAGCCCCGCUGAGCAAACACCUGAGAGAAGACCAGAUCAUUGAGUCCUCCAAGUUCCCAGCAGCCCAGCCCCCGGACCCCAACCAGCCGGCCAAGAUCGAGACGGAUUACUGGCCCUGCCCUCCCUCCCUGGCAGUGGUGGAGAAGGAGUGGAGGCGGCGGAUGGCCUCCAAGAGAGGCGUGGAGGAGGACGAGGAUCUCACAGAGGAAAUGACCAACCUGCGGGAACUCCAGAAAGAGGAGCUGAGUAAGGUCACCUCAAACCUCGGGAAGCUGAUCCUGAAGGAGGAGAUGGAGAAAUCUAUCCCCAUCCGGAGGAAAACCCGCUCGCUCCCAGACCGAACGCCCUUCCACACCUCUCUGCACAUUGGGAACUCCAGGUCCUCCACCCUUCCGGCCUACGGGAGAAGUACCCUCGCCAGGCUGCAGUCAGCAGAGUUCAGCUCAGCCAGCAGCGAGAAGGAGAGCCCAGCCCUGCAGAACGGCCAGCGGGGCAGGAUGGACAGAGGGAACUCCCUGCCCAGCAUGCUGGAGCAGAAGAUUUACCCCUACGAGGUGCUGAUGGUGACGAACAGGGGUCGUGUGAAACUGCCUCCAGGCGUGGACAGGACAAGACUAGAGCGGCACCUGUCCCCGGAGGAUUUCCUGCGCGUCUUCGAGAUGUCCCCGGAGGAGUUCUGCAAGCUGGCCCUGUGGAAGCGCAACGACCUGAAGAAGAAAGCGUUCCUCUUCUGAGCCAGCCCAUGCCCUGAGCUCAGCUACUGUCCAACCCAAUCUCGCAUCGCAGCUGCUUUAGGGCUCCUGAGCCGCCGGUCUUAACACCUGCCUCCCCUCCCCGACGCCCCUCAGGCAAGUUGAUCCCUCGGUCCCAGUAUUGCCCCUUCCUGGGGUGGAGGCACCGGAGAGCCUCUCCCUGCCCACACCUUCCCCCACGCAGCCAGGGGACAGCGGGCCAGGCCCGUGCCAAUCCCACGUGAGCGACUCAGUCUGGGGCAAACCUCGCCAUGGAGCCAGGGGAGGGAGAGUGGACUGAGGGGGCAGGAGGAGCAAGCAGACCCAAAGCAGGCCCAGCCGGUCCCAGGCGGAGCUGGAUGCAGAGGGGGGAGGCCAGAGAGGGGAGGGAGGGGGCAAGGCGAGGGGAGACGGGGAGCAGCAGUCGCUUUCCCCUCUGGGCGCUCUCUCUCGCGGGCCUAAUCCAUGGGCCGGGUGGGUGUCGGGACGUCUGAGGGGCCGAUUAUCAGUGUCCCUCGCGGGGCCGGGGCUGGUUCAGCCGGGACAGGGGCCGUAGCCGCCGGAGGGGGUCUGGCUUUGCUCCC